AUUCUGACUUUCAUUGUGGUGUUCUGAUGCAUAAACUGUGGUGUUCUUUGUUCAGGCUGCACUAAUGAGAGAUGCUAAAAUAUGUGUCAAUAGGUGUCUGUGGAGCCCUGAGGGAAGUAUUCUAGGUGUGGCAUUUUCAAAGCAUAUUGUCCAGACUUACAUGUUUGUUCCUAAUGGAGAGUUAAGACAGCAAGCAGAGAUUGAUGCUCACCUUGGCAGUGUCAAUGACAUUGCAUUCUCUCGCCCCAACAAGUCCCUAUCAAUUAUUACAUGUGGCGAUGACAAACUCAUUAGGGUGAGGUUACUCAUGUGAUGUCACUGUUUUUAGAAUGAAAGAGAACAUCCUUAGCAUUCUUGCACAUUUCAUUUGCAGGUAUGGGA